CAUCCAAGCUAGGUGAGACCGAGACGCUAGCGAUAUCGUGGUGUAGUUGUAGCCAAUUCAAGCAUAAUAUCUCAAUUCCCCAGAUCUGCGAUGUCGACUGCCGGGGAUGACGUCUCCGGUCGAGAUUCCGACUCCGUUCAAGAACCCGCAGCUAUCGGUCAGGCCGGACGAUCGAGCGAGACCAUAACGACUGCAUCAAGCCCUAUUGCUCCCAGGCGACGCAAGUUUUCUCGCAAGAGCAAGGAUGGAUGUCUGCCUUGCAAGUCCCGGAGGGUCAAAUGUGGCGAAGAGAAGCCGUCUUGCAAGACAUGCGUCCUAAGAAGAGGUCGAUGCACUUAUCCAGAAAGCGAAGCAAACUCCCCGAGCUUACACUCCCCCAACGUACAAGACAUCGAAAGCCGAACCCAAUCUCGGUUCGCGAUAGCCCUCGCCGAAUCUUUAAGAUCGCUGAAUCGAUCUGUAGGAACAACGCCUGGCGAUCCUUUCGCCGGCUUUGCCUUCGGUAACUCUUCCUCAUCAUCUCGAUCAGCUCGAUCAGGGUCGUCUUCUACCGGCCGGGACCACAACGGUCGAGGCCCAACCGGACGGGUAAUACGAGAUGGGAUUACAUUCAAUCACCAGCCGCGGUUGAUACUGGACGUCGGGCCUAGCAACCAUAGCAUACGGGGACCCAACCUCUUCGAAGAUGACUCGCCGAACGGCAGCGUACGGAAUUUCUGGCCCUAUCCAGAUACGUUGUGGCCCCCCCCGGCACCCUCCCUUCCCUUCUUGGAUGCCGCAGACGCCCUCAAGCCGUUCUUCCCUCGAGACAUGGACAGACUUCUGUUUCACCACUUUACGGACAACUUGUGUCAGGAGAUGACGGCAGUCAGGGUCGACACUUGUCAGAAUCCUUGGCUGACCCAAUUUGCGAUCUUGGCGACCUUGCUACCGCACGGCUUCUCGCCGGCUCACGACGCUUUUCGCAGUAGCCUGCUUGCGUUGGCUUCUAGCGAUAGGAACUACAAGACGUCACGACCUGGAUCGGAGUAUCGUCAAAUCGCACUGGACCUGCUGUACAUGACCGUCAGUAUCGGUGAGGCGGGACCGGGAACUAUAGAAGGAGACAUGAUCAUCGCGUCCAGUUUAGCCUUGACCUUGCGGGAUAAAUUCGCUGGCGACCAACGAUGGGAAGAGGGUCUCCUGAUUGGGACGAGCGUGAUCCUCUCCGCGGGGGGACCUCUACGAUUCAUGGCCGCCAGACCCACGCCUCAGCGACGGUUCCUCAUCGAGCAGCUCGUCUGUUUGGAAGUAUGGGCGUUCUCUUGCGUUCUACGACGACCCCUAUUAUGUGACGACCUUGGCGAGUGGUUCCUUGACGGUGCGGAGUACGGACUGCAGGAUCAGGUCGAGAUCGUCCAUGGGAUAGACAGAGCUACAAUGCUGCUAGGAUGUCAGGCCGGCCAUCUCUGGUUCGAGCACGUACGACUAAGACAGCUCGAGGCCACCGCGUGCGCAUACCCGCAAGUCAAGGCCGCCAUCGCAAACCAGGACUUGGUGUGGCGAGGGGACCUGUUCAAUUUCAGCUGUAAGACGGCGGCUAACACGAAUAAAUGCCAGGCAGCCGAUGCGUCGAACCCCAUGGCAUUUCGCGUCUCGAUCGGCAAUCGCGCCUUCACCUUGAGCAUGGACAUAUGGAUUUCGCAGAUGCUGCAAGAACACCCGUCCGAAGAAUGGGUCAAGCAGGUUUGCGCCGAAACGGUCGAGAUGCUCGAUCUGGCGAUCGAUCAAGGACACUCGCAAGGCCUACUCUUCGCAGUAAGGGCUGCAGCCGAAGUUGCAGUCGACCCAGACCUCAGACGGAAGGUCUCGGGACUGUACGACCGGGUCGCUCAAUCUUACCGGUGCGAGACCGCCAUAGCACAAAAGACGACGACGCGCAUGUGGAAAAUAUUGGACGAGGGAACUGUAGAUAGGGUCGGGACCGACUUUGCAGAAUUCUUGCGUAUGCAGGAGUGCUACGUCCCGGUAUUUUAGGCUCGAGAUGGAGAGGUGACUCGUUUUUACAUGACGAACGACUGCUUAUACUUUCGCUUGAUGACGUUCCGCGGGAGGGGGGAGUUAAGAGCCUUAAACCACGCUUACUUUUGACCCUGAUGGAAAACGACUAUAGACGAAAGGAGCAACACCUCGUGCGAGAGAUGGAUCUGCAGCCCUUCUUGACGUUUCAAUUAAUGCGAUAUGAGAGCUUGAUAUUCGGAUUAACGCGCGGUUCGAGCUUCUGUCUCGAGAUUGGAACAUGAGUCUGUUGUAGACGACCAUCGCAGGCGAACCCCACGGUCUUGGCGCGCAGCUGGCCCCCUUCCUCGUCAUCCUGUGAAAGGACUUGGAUCCGGACGAGCUCAGAUCUCCUGUACGGACUAUGUAAUGACAUCCGCAAGGUAGAAUCGUGAUCGCUUCAACGGGCAAUCA